GCGAGCUGUGAUUGGUCACAGCUUGUCACAUGGUACAAGGCUGUUGUGAAUAGCCUUGUACCAUGUGACCUCUGUGAUCAUUCACAGAUUUCACAAAUAGAGUAAGCAAUGAUGUCAGGAAGUGACAUCUUGUUUACUACUGUUCAUGUGAUCACUGAUUGGCCAAUCAGUGAUCACAUGAUCAGGACCUCACACAGAGGUCCCGUACAACGAUCGGUGUUCCACUGUGUCCGGAGGCACCUGAUCGCAGUGCUGCGUGCUCCCAGGGAGCACGCAAAAGCAGGGGGCGGGUAAGCCAUUUAUAAACGGCCACCUGCCCCUGCACUGCUCCCGUCCAGCCGUUUAUAUACAUGGGCCAGAUGGGAAAUGGUUAAUAUACUC